AUGCUGCUUGGAGCGGCAAACUCUAGUGUAAGUUUCAGCCCUAAUUUAAUUUUCCUCUUGGGCACAGAUUCCUUGAAUUCCUUCAACACCGGCUGGGUAAUUUACAACUAUCCAGUUCCUCUCUGGAUUAACUCUAACUCUUCGCAUGUUCUCGCCAAUUUCAAUAGCUACUUCCGCUUCAGUAUCUAUGGAAACGAAGCCCGCGGAUCCGGGGAUGGACUCGCUUUCUUUAUGGCACCUUUUGACUUUGAGCCACCUGUAAAUGCCAAUGGCCAAUGGCUUGGCCUCUUUAAUCACACAUCUGACGGGAAAAUCUCCAAUCAAAUUGUCGCUGUGGAGUUUGAUACGUUCAAGAAUUUUCCUUUCGAUAUGGACGACAACCAUGUGGGAAUCGACGUCAAUAGCGUUGUUUCCAAGAUGAACACCUCUGUAAUCCAGGGGCUUCUCAGAAAUGGCGAAUCAUGGGAUGCAUGGGUGGAUUAUGAUGGCGUAGCCAAGAAGCUUGAACUUUAUCUUCUGUGUCCAAACAACCCUUAUUCUUCUUAUGGAAAGCCCCCAACACCAACCUUGUCCUAUGAUAUAGAUCUCAGUCAGUUUCUUCCUCAGAACAUCACGAUUGGCUUCUCCGCUUCCAGCAGCCGAAAUUCAACCGGGAUUUACGAGGUCUACUUUUGGAACUUUUCUUGUGAAUAUCCGUGGGAAAUCAACACUCAGCGCGAAGGCCCGGUCCCUGCCCCGAGCAAAAGGCCAACAAAUAAAGUAAUUCUCCUGUCCGUAAUAGCCUGUAUGGUGGCGCUAACGAUCGGUGGUUUUACACUGUGCCUAGGCUUGAAACGGUGCCUUAUCACCAGAAAUUUAAGCAAGCAUGGUAAAAAAGAAAGCAGAGAGCUGGACGAAGGCUUUGCUCAAGGUCCACGAAAGUUCUCCUAUGCUGAGCUCUGCACUGCAACAAAAAGCUUCAGCGAUACUGAAAUGCUGGGAAGAGGAGGCUUCGGAGGAGUGUACAGAGGCACCUUGCCCGAAUCAAACAAGCCCGUGGCCGUGAAAAGAAUAUCUCAAGGCUCCAAACAAGGGCGAAAAGAAUACAUUUCAGAGGUGAGCAUAAUAUCUAAGCUAUGCCACCGAAACCUUGUACAGCUCUACGGAUGGUGCCAUGAAAAGGGGCAACUGCUUCUCGUCUACGAAUUUCUGCCAAACGGAAGCCUCGACAAACAUAUAUUUGGCGAGCAGAUGAGACAUAAUUUGAAUUGGGAUCAAAGGUACAGCAUAGCAUGUGACAUAGCUUCUGCUCUUCUCUAUCUUCACCAAGAAUGGAACCAGCGUGUCGUCCACAGAGAUGUCAAGGCCAGCAAUGUAAUGUUGGACAGCGAUUUCAAUGCAAAGCUGGGUGAUUUCGGGCUAGCGAGAGUGGUGGAACGUGAGCGUGCAGCCUCCGACACAACUGUGGUGGCGGGGACAUUUGGGUACAUUGCACCCGAGUGUGUGACUACAGGAAAGGCAAGCAUAGAAUCGGACAUGUUCAGCUUUGGGGCAGUGAGUCUUGAAAUUGCGUGCGGGAGGCGGGCUGUGGACCGGAGGCUGGAGGAGCAUUAUUGCAGAUUAGUCGAAUGGGUUUGGGAUUUAUAUGGACAAGGGAAUGUUCUGGACGCCGCAGAUGCAAAGCUUGGUGGAAAUUACCAUGCCGAAGAGAUGGAGCGGUUAAUGUUAGUUGGGUUAUUGUGCUCUCAUCCGGAUCCCAAAGCCAGGCUGAGAAUAAGGCAGGUGGUCCAUAUCCUGAAAAUGAAAGCUCCAGUACCUCGUAUUCCUCUCACUUAUCCAGUAGCCGUCUACGAUGCUGCGCCUGGUUUUGUCGUAAAGUUAUCCUCGACGUCUGAUCAAAUAUUUUGCACCGCAGAAAAUACAGGAAGUAUCGGUGACAAGUAA